AUGCCAUGUGCGAUAAGCAUCGACUGUAGAUCUCACACGAUGCAGCCCAUCUCCGGCUUUUCUAAGAGCCUGAAAAGUAGUGAGGUCGCUUACAUUAUUGACGGUAAGACUUCCGUAAUCGACUCAAAGGGAGUCAUGGUGUUUGAUACAGAAACUCAAAAGUGGGAUCCUGUAAACAAAUGGGAAUUGGGUGAGAUGCUGAAUUCUGAGGAAUGGUGGGAUGCGUGUGUCGUCAACGAUGAAUUGUACUUUUACGAUGUAAAGGUGAACGAGUUUAAAGUAUAUGAUCCAAAGCAGAGGUGUUGGAGAGUGGUGAGAGGUUUGGAAGAAUUGUUGAGUAAGAUGGCCAAUUCAUGGAGUCAGAGGACGGUGAGUUACGGUGGGAAAAUGGUCCGAAGGGAACAAGGGAGCUUUGCUUUGUGGGGAUUGCUUUGGAAAAGGCGCCAAGGAGGAGAGUUUUGGGGUAAGGUGCAAUGGUGUGAUGUUGUGUUUAAUGAUGGUGAUGGGACUUUUAACCUGUUCACAUGUAUAGCUGUUAUGGUUUGA